CAAGAACUUUUCUCUCUAGGGUCGGAGGACUUCGCAGGGUCAAACUCUCGGAGAUUAACCCAAAAGCCAUAUCGAGCUAUUCUUCUCAAGAAACCGUGGGUAGUCAAAGGAAGUCGUGUACCCAAAAUGGCGGGUCCCUGGAACAAAGCUUCUAGCAGUCAGAGGGAGAUUAACCCUUCCAUGUUUACACCAAAAACUCCCCAUUUCUUCAAGAUCAUUUUAGAGGACACUAUUCGAUAUAGCAAGCUCCGGUUUCCAAGAAAGUUUGUGACAAAAUAUGGAGAUAGCUUAUCAAGUCCAGUACAGCUCAUGGUUCCAAGUGGCUCUACAUGGCAUGUUGAGCUGAUAAAAUCCGAUGGUGAUGUUUGGUUACAAAAUGGCUGGAAGGAAUUUGCUGAGCAUUACUCUCUAAAGCAUGGACAUUUUCUGGUUUUCAAGUAUCAAGGGGACUGCAAUUUUCAGGUACUCAUUUUUGAUACGAGUGCGUCAGAAAUAGAAUAUCCACAUAUUAGUCGUAAUAUGGAUCGUGAUGAAGAAUGUCGAGAACCUAACCAGGAAGAAGAAGCUAAAGAUGGUUCUGUUGAAGUAUUGUAUGAGACUCCUCGAGUCAGGAAAACGAGACAGAACUCACAAACACCAUGUUUACGUCCUCGUAAGAUACUGAGACGAACCACUUUAUCAGACAAAUAUAAAAGAGACUGUGAAGAUGUUUCUAGUGCUGAAGGAUACCUGAAAACCAAGGUUCCUAGGGGGAGACAUGCAUUUGGGGACAACGAACAUGCUACAGCUCUUCAAAGAGCCACCGCUUUCAAAUCGAAGAAUUUUUUUUUUGUGAUUGAAAUGCAGCCUUCAUACAUUAACCCUGGACGAAAAGUGUGCUUACCAUUAAACUUUAUCACAAAGUGCCUGAAAGAGAAGGUCGGUGAUGUAACGCUCUGCACGUUGGACCGGAAAACUUGGCCUGCUAAGUAUUACUGCUAUUUAACCAACAACAAAUACACAAAAGCAGUUCUGCAUAACGGUUGGACGGCAUUCAUGCAGGAUAACAAGUUGCAACUUGGUGAUGUCUGUGUCUUUGAGCUGAUUGAGCAAACUAAAAUCUUGUUGAAAGUAGUUAUUCACCGGGGCGGAAUAAACUCUUUAGCAAAUUGUGAUAAUGGAAGGUUGUCAACACAGGGAAGCACAAAGUGCAGGCAUCUCUUGAUGCCACCAUUGUCUUCCCAUGAAAAAGCAAGAGCAAUGCUAAGAGCUAGCAGUUUCAGAUCUGAAAAUCCUUUUUUCAAGGUUGUCAUGCAACCAGCAUACCUCGGGGCAAGAUGUAGCGUGAACAUACCAUACAAAUUCGCUAAGACAUAUGUUGAUGAAAAGGAGGACCAAGUCAUCCUUCAAGUUUCAGAUGGGAGAAGAUGGAUUGUUAAAUUUUCUGUUAAAGUAACCAACAGUGGACAACAUAAAGCUAGAUUCUAUGAUACUUGGAGGGCUUUUGUACAGGACAAUAACUUGCAAGUAGGUGAUGUAUGUGUCUUUGAGUUGAUUAACCGCGAUGAAACUUCAUUCAAAGUCUCCAUUUUUUGAGCUGCACCAGAUGCAAAUUAUUCUGUGUCACCCCAAACUUAGUAGCAAUCUAUUGUUGUUAAGUUAAUGACAUUCCUGUUUGUGGCUUGGUUGUAAUUUGGAGCGGUGACAAGUUACUAGUGUGUGGUAAUGUAACAUAAGGUAAAAUGUAGUUAGGGAAAGGGUGGGGUAUUGCUUCCUGUAAUCUGGGCUGUUAUGCUAUGUAAA